CAAAUGCUGAAGCGCAAGCAGCCAGAAGCGCAAGUCGACACGGACGCGUUCGCCCGCGACGGCUUCCUCGUCAUCGAUGGCUUCCUGACGCAAGCGCAGCUUCAAGCGCUGCGUGUCGAGUGCGAUGACUUGUAUGCGGCAACGACGCCCGAGGCCAUCGUGGAGCUCGGCUGCGUCCUCGACCCGUUCGCCACCGCCCAUAUGACGCGAAGCGCACGAACACAGCGCGAUGCGUACAUGACCAUGCGUCGCAAGCAGACGCGCAAGACGUCCGAGGGCAAUUGCAUCGAGGCGCUUCUAUUCCAGGACCUCCCACAAGCCCUCGCGCCUCUUUUUAGCCCCUCGGAAGGCGACAUCUACUUCUUCAACGAGCACUAUGUGGUCAAGCCGCCGGAAACCAACGUUGAAUUUCGAUGGCAUCAGGACGACGCAGAGCAGCUCGGCAUGUGUGUGCAUCGGUCGUCGAUCCCGUGGUACCUCUCUGCGUGGGUUGCGCUCGACGACAUCACGGCCACGAACGGCGCGCUCCGAUUUCUUCCGUGGACACACCACCCCGACGGCGUCGAAGACCCUGCCGACUUGGAUUUAUCGGCGGCAACAGCCCCGCUGGCCGUCGCUGCUGGCGCCGCGGUCGUCUUCCGGUCCGACAUUUGGCACUUCUCUGCUGUGAAUGCUACGUCGACGGCCCGCCGCGCCUUCUACGCUCAGUACACGCCGCAGCCGAUAUACAGCUCGCCGCGCACCAUCGACCCUCUCUGCUCUGCGAUUCCCAUUGAUCGGAAGCCGCGAAAGAGUGCCCCAAGAUUUAAAUAA